AUUAGAUCAACAAACGUCAGUGGUCAGUUGAUCUGUGUUCUGGUGUGGACGCGAAUUAGAUAAACAAGCAUGGAGGUGAUAUCAAAACAUCCUCUAAUAAAGGUGACUGCAGAAGACGUGAGGUCCACAAGAGGGUUCUACGACUUGAACGAUGUGAAGAGGAUCAACGAGAGCCUCGAUGUGAUUGAGGAGUGGCUGAAGAAGCAGGACCAUCUGGUUGAGGCCAGCAAAUUCCUCAAUCGAAGUUUCUUGGAGCGGGUGUUCAUCUUAGCUAGAGGCUCCAUAGAAGGAACGAAAACGAAACUGGACAAGCUCUUCACUUCCAGAGGUUUGAUGCCAGAAAUGUGUUUGAAUAAGACCGUGAAAGAAUUCGAGAAAUUGUGGAAUUGUGUAAACUAUGUGCCCCUCCCAAAACUGUGCCCUUCGGAUCAGAGCCGGGUCAUGGUGACGCAGUUCCUCACCGACAAGCUCGAUGACUUCUCUUUACUUUCUUACUUCAGAUUUAGUUUUAUGAUUGGAGAAUACAGGCUUCACUACGACUACAGUUUGUCUGAGAGGUACAUCAUAGAUCUGACGAAUUUGAACCAAAUGACGGUACUUACCAAGAUCAAUCCCAUAGUUGUAAGGAAAGCGGAAAUAUUGUGCUCUGAAGGCUACGGAACCAAAAUAAAAGGCAUCCAUCUCCUAAACGCUCCAUCUUACGUGGAUAAGCUAGUAUCGCUGCUGAAGCAAGCACUGAAACCCAAGGUAGCUGGAAGGCUGCAUGUCCACAACACAUACGAAGACCUCCACAAGCAUAUUCCUAAAGAAAUACUGCCUAAGGAGUAUGGUGGUGAUGAGACUUCUUGUGAAAAAUUAAGUGAACAAUGGAAAGAAGUCCUAAGGUCAGAAGAAGCUACGAGAAUAAUCUCCCAAUCAGACAAGCUGGUGUCAGACGAGUCAAAAAGGCAGUCGGCUGCUUUCAACGAAGAGUACCUAGGGAUGCCGGGUUCAUUUAGAAAACUAAAUGUAGAUUAAAUGUAAAAAUAAAUGACAAUACGAUCGAGGUAACUGCGUGCCUCGCUGGAAUGCGACUCUCCCGCACAGCUCCCCGCGUUCGUCCUGUCCCGUAUCAGAUCGUCGAUGUGACGUCACGGGUGCCUGGUGCGAUGUGAGCAGUUAACUCGACCGGAUUGUAUUGAGUCAUGACAUUAAUUUGUGGUGGUAGGAAAAUUGUAAAUAAAUAUUUUAGUUGUAGGGCAAAGAAUAAA